UUUUUCGCAUUUUGUGUCGUUUCUAGUUUUUCUAUCAAGCAACCGAACCAACGUGUUUUUACCACUUGGUUAAUGUUGUUAUUGUACCUAUGAGUACAAAACAAUUUUUGUCGUCAGGACUCCCGGAAGAAGGUCUAUGAAGCACUGAUAACAUAACACGGGGUGCAAGUAAACUGCCUGCAGCGAGCAAACCGAGAUAAAUUUGACCCCGAUUUCUAAAUUUGUGUUUUGUUGGUCUGUCACCGCCUCUGAAGAAAAAAUAUAACACAGAAAUGAACAAGGCUGACGUCAACAGACGGGUUUUGGCCAUCCAAGCCAAAAAGAAGCGACACAAGCCAAAUAAGAAGCGUGGUAAAGCCAAUGGCAAUGCUGGUGGCGGCGGUGGUGGGGGUGGUGGUCAACAGCAGCAGCAUAUGUCGCAGAACGAUGCAACAUCGCCAUCACCGACCGAUGCUGCGAUCAGCAAUCAACUGCUCGAGGACAAUCUUGAUUUGAAGUCACCCAAUUCCAUGCCCGAAGUCUGUGGCAUUUCUACAAAAAUCUCAAAAUCAUUUUGUGCUGCACCCUCGUCAAGUGGUUCGAAUUCAUUGGCGGGCAAUACACCCAUAACUGGAUCAUCGAAUACUUUGGAUGAGUCGACAUACAUCGGCACACCUUCGUCCAAAAAGUAUUCAAAUUUUAUACACCCCAAUGAGGGUUCCAAUGACGAUUAUAUGCCGCAAGACAGCUACUUGGAACAGCAUCAUUUGAAUCAUGACGAUUACAUGCACUAUCAUCAGCAGCAGCAUUAUGUCGAUCCCAUCUAUCAUGCUGAAUAUGUGAAGAAACAACAAUUGCUGCAACAGCAACAACAACAGCAGCAGCAGCAACAACAACAAUAUCAAUAUCCACCACGUAGUUCUUCCAACGAUUCUGAAGAAUCAGAAUUGAAUAGCGAAAACGAGGAACAAGAACUAAAAGAAGACUAUUGCAAGGGAGGCUAUCAUCCAGUAAAUAUUGGAGAUCUAUUUCAAGGUCGUUACCAUGUUGUUCGAAAACUUGGUUGGGGUCAUUUCUCUACAGUCUGGCUUUGUUGGGAUCUAGAGGAAAAAAGGUACGUGGCCAUCAAAAUCGUCAAAUCAGCUCAACAUUUUGCCGAAACAGCUAAGGAUGAAAUAAAAAUACUCAAAGCGGUGCGCGAUUCAGAUCCAAAUAAUCCACGCCGUCAAAAAACCGUCCAACUGUUGGAUGACUUUAAAAUAUCGGGUGUUAACGGAACUCAUAUAUGUAUGGUGUUCGAAGUACUUGGUGACAAUCUCUUAAAAUUGAUACGCAAAUCCAAUUACCGGGGUAUUCCCAUCGAAAAUGUGAAAACAAUAACCCGACAAGUUCUCGAGGGACUUGAUUACCUACAUACAUGCUGCAAAAUCAUUCACACCGACAUAAAGCCUGAAAAUGUCCUCUUGUGCGUCAACGAGAAUUAUGUGCGGAAAUUGGCCAACGAAGCCACCGAACUUUAUGUCAUGAACUUCAAGAUGUUUCCCUCGUUUGUUAGUCGGGCUCCCAAGGAAUACAGGGAACCUCAAAUAACGGGCAAAAUGAGCAAGAACAAGAAGCGUAAACUGAAGAAAAAGGCCAAGAAACGUUUGGAAUUAUUCAAGAAACAAUGGGAUUAUUUGGAGCAAAGUGGUGCUACGGCCAACGGGGAACAGCCGCAGGAAAAACCUGAGAUUGACGGAAAGUCCCUGCAGAAUGGCGAUGCAUCGGAUAAUGAGGAGGAUGAAGAUAUUCAAGACGACAUUGCGGAGGAGAAGGCUGCAGAUGCUGACGCCGACGACGAUGAUGAACAUGCAAUGGAAGAGCCAGCAAAGCCCACAAAGCCGGCCAAAGCAUCUAAGCCCAACAACGGAAAGCAACAACCACAACAACAGCAACAAGGUGGUGCAGAAGAAAACAAUGCUGUGCCAGCCCCAGUAACGGAAAAUAAAAAGAAGAAGAAAAAGAAGAAUAAGAAGAAAGCCAAUCAGCAGCAACAACAACCACAACAGCAGCCCUCGACACAAUCCGAAAAGACUACAAAGGUUGUUGCGGCCAAUUCAACAACAUCGUCGAGCAGUGGCAGCAAUACAAUCAAGGGCGAGCAAAAUGAAUCAACCAGCAGUUCAUCGGCUACACUGAAAGGUCAAUUGUCCAAUGAUUCGGGUGGACAAAGUAAACAGCAAAAACAACAGCAUCAAAACAAGACUCCGGCAAAGGGCAACAACAAUAACAACAACAGCAAAACAAAUAACAAAGCAAACCCGAAGAACGCCACUACCAAUCAGCCAGCCCAACAUAGCCCAAUGCAACCACAGUUGCAUCAACCUGUGGCAAUGACCAAUGGGCCUUCAACGGAGCCUGAAGCCCGGCCAAAGGAUCCAGCCUUAGAACCUUGUGAUUUUGAGGUAAAAAUUGCAGAUUUGGGCAAUGCUUGCUGGGUGCACAAGCAUUUCACCGAAGAUAUUCAAACUCGACAAUAUCGUUCCUUGGAAGUGAUAUUGGGCGCUGGCUAUGAUACAUCGGCCGAUAUAUGGAGCACAGCUUGUAUGGCCUUCGAAUUGGCCACGGGUGAUUAUUUAUUUGAACCGCACUCAGGUGAUAACUACACCAGAGACGAAGACCACAUCGCCCAUAUUAUUGAACUGUUAGGACCCAUACCUCCCCAUAUAGUCUUUAGGGGAGCCUAUGCAACGCAUAGCUUCAACCGCAAGGGAGAAUUGCGUAACAUUACCGGCUUGAAACCAUGGGGUCUAGUAGCUGUACUGCAUGAAAAAUACGAAUGGUCAUUAGAGGAGGCCGAGGCAUUCGCCGACUUUUUGAAGCCAAUGCUACAGUUUGAUCCUGCAAAACGGGCAACUGCAGCUGAGUGUCUGAAACAUCCAUGGCUAAGAUAAGAUACACUUAAUAACCCCCGUAACCAGACCCAAUUUCCCCACCACAGCCACUCCUCUACCAGCAGCUCUCACUCAGCAUCAAAUACAACCAUAAAUACAA